UCAAUUCAUAAAUAACGUGCAAAACAUGUGCUAUUGAUGUAGACAUCAAUGGUUUGGUCAUUGAUUUUAGCGCUAAUUCGUUGCAUUGAAUGACAUAAACAUUACAUCAAUUAAUGACCACUACUUUGACAUCAAUUAUCUUCAUUAUUGUUGACUAAUUGGAUCAAUUGGAUCAAUUGGCCAGUCAUGACAAGUGAAACUGUCAUCAAUUUGGGUUUUGCUCACCGAUGGUCACCAUUGAGACAAUUAAACUUAUUGGUGACCAAUACUGUGAUGGAUAAGUCUCAAAGAGGUUCAACUGAUUUGGAGACAACUCUAAUGAAACAUAAAACAGAUUUUAUAUCUUUGCUUAAAAAUCCGGCCAGAAAUGCUUUGCACAAAGAGAUUGUAGUGAACGCUACCAAAGAUGGUAUUGUUGUUAUUGAACAACAAAAUAGAGUUAAGACGAUAAUACCACAAAUUAUGAUCGACGAAGCACUACUCAUGAGUGAAAUGUUUGAUUUGAAUGAGUUGUCGGCACUCGAGCUGAUCAUUGCCGGUGAGAAUCAAGAGUCGCGAUACGCUGGCCUCACUCGAGGUCCGAUCGCUGUAUUGCUUUAUUUAGACGGAAGGAAGAGUUUAUUGAAUGCAUUGCAUUCAUUGAUUCAGGCGAGCACUGGCAGGACAUGGUGUCUGAAGGUGUCCCGAGACUCGUCUCGAGUUAUCAACAAAUUUGUGGACGAACUCAAAGACGAAGGCAUUGUAAUGCAAUGUAUCGAUCAAUUGUUUAAUCUGAACGUAAAGUCUGAGUUUGAAUUACUUGAACGCAACAGAGCUUUAGGUCCAUUCAAGUAUCGCAAACAAGUGUUGGAUAUUCUUAAAGAGAUUCGCCAGAGAUUGGCUGAUAUCAUCUUUUGCUAUUCAUCUCAAACUAAUCUCAACAAUAAUGAAAUUUCUAAAUUAAUUCAAUUAAUCGCUAAUAUAAGCAAAACGACUGCAAACGGAUCAUUAGAUUCUGUGUCAACCACUUUAUUGAUGUCAGUUCUCUAUGUAAUUGAUGUCAGUUUUCUACAGAACGCUGAAGAAUACGAUAGAAGACUAUCAAACAAUUCUAUACUCAAAAAUCCAGAAUUAAUAGUUGAAAUUGAAAGACAUUUGAAUCAAAAUGAUUUUCAAGUAAAAGAAAUCAAAACUAUAAUGCAAUUUGCUUUAGCAGUGACUUUGAAGACCAUUUCUUCAUAUCCGAUACCCGGAAUAGAUAGUGAUAUUGAAGACGAAAAAUUAAUUGACGCGACCAUCGAAGCAAAAGUCUUUGAAUCACUGAAUACUUUAGUUGGUUUAAAUGAAUAUGUAUUUAAUGAAGAAUUUUAUAUACGAAGAAUUCAUACUUUGAUUACUGAUUUCAUUGUUUUGAUGCCUAUAAAAAUGAAAGAACUCAAAGACAAAGGCGAUGAAAUUGGAAGAAUAAUUGACGCCUAUUCUGCUGAAGGCAUUCAACCGCCGACAACACUUCCGCGUCAUUUUGAAAAACUUCUCUAUUUUUUGAGUCAAUUAUAUAGUAAAGAUCGCUACGAAUUAAGUAAUAUGUUUUGGCCCACUCUUUGCGAUGGCAAACAAUCAACGCAUAGACAACAGUCGUUACAUAAGUUUGUCCGAACAAUUCAGGACUCAUUUUUUCCAUCCAUUUUGCACAUACCUGUCAUUAAAUUGUUGAAAUCAUUGGCAACUAAUUCUGCAUUCAAUGUAUUCAAUCUAAUUAAAAGUCCAUCACUUAAUCUGAGUACACAGUUUUCAAUGGAUAGCUUUAAUUCAUCUCUAUUUCAAUAUUAUAAUACUCUUCGUGGUUCUGAUGGUAGAGAGAAUAUGAACGCCAGUACUAAUCCAUUUGGUUUAUCUAAUAUUCAUUUGCCAUUUCAAGGUCAACAACGAUUGAUUUCUGGCAUUAAGUCAGAGAUAAUAUGUGCCAUCAUUGAACUGAUUGAAGAAAUUGUCUCAAAUGACAAGUCGUGUUGUAUAGCUAUUGCUGAGAACGUUCAGUAUUCGGUUAUUCCCUCAUUGGUUGGUAUCUUAAGAUGUGCUGUUCCUAAAGAGUUAAAGGCAGCCAUUUUGAAUUGUUUAUCCGGAUUUGCUAUGUCUUCGGCAUCAGUUGCGUAUAUGAUUUGGGCUAAAAUUGAUGGAAUUUUGCCAAAAUUUAUGCCCACUAUAACAGCAAGUGUGACAAUUGAUCCAUUAUCUCAGCACCGUUUGUGGCAAAAUGGAAUUGGCAUUGAAAUUGAAGAAAUUGAAGCUAAGAAUGAAGAAUAUCCUAUAACUAUAGGUUUUAUGCGACUCAUGAAAUCAUUGUUCAUUCACUACGAUUCUAAUCAAACACAACAACAGUCAUCAGCAGAAGUUUGUCUCAAUUUUAUUGUUAACUCAAUACUUCUUAAAACGAAUGCUAGAGUUUAUAAAAUUGAAGAUCAAAAGUGGAUUAUCAACUCUCUCUGCUAUGAAGUUAUUGAAAUAAUCAUUAAAAAUUACGAACCAUUAGUCGACGGACCAAACUCUAAGCUGGCAUUCAGUAUAUUCACACAAACUCUUCAAGAAAGUGGUCUCUUUCGUCAAAUUAUGUAUACAUUAGAGGAAAUCGCAGAAACGUUUGAGAAACAAAUGCUUUCUGUUUGGUUUGAAAGUAAUACAGUAUUUCCCAAACUUAUUGAAGAUUGUGCUAUAAAUGGGUUACAAAUUUUGAAAUUGAUUUGUGAGAAACAAAAUGAUUUCAUUGAUAUGAUUCAUGAAAUUCCUGGAUUUCCAUUAGCUAUAAUCGCAAAAUUUGAUAUUCUCUUCAAUAAUGUCAAUCCAAGAAGUGGUGUUAUCGAUAGGUUAUCGACUUUAAUACGAUUGAUAUAUUUGCCAACUCAGGCAUCGAUCGAAACGUUGAAAGUAUUGAACAGUUUAUGCAAAUGUAAUGUAGAAGUAUCUCAAUUAUGUUUAACACAAUUGCAAUCAUCAAACUCUAAAGUUUUAGCCAAUGAUUAUAUCGUUAGUCUAUUUGUUGAGUGUUUAGAGUCUGAAUCUAAAGAACUUCGAUUGGAAACACUGAACCUCAUCGACACGUGUAUUGAUUUUGUUGCCAUUAAUUAUUCAUAUAAUUUUGGCCAUAAAUUGUUGGGAAUUGAUAGGUCUCGUAGUGUUAUCAAAGAAGCCGGAAAUCUGGAGCAAACAUUCACUUGUUUUCAUUCAAUACUUUCACUAUUUGAUUCAUCAAUUGAUAUCAAAGAAUUCUCUGAAGAAAGAAGACUUGGAAUGAAAAUAUUACAUAAACUUUGUGUUUCAUUCUUUACUUAUGAUAUAGUUUUAAGAUUUUUGAGAACAAGUUAUGACUUUAUUAUACAAUAUCUUUAUUCGUGGGAAAAAUGGUCUUCAGAACCAAAUUUUGACUCAGAAUUACAAGAAUUAAUAUUUGAAGAAAUGACAUACUUUUUGCAAAUAUUAGCCAUCGAUAUAAAGAUAACAUCAGAACAAAAGCUGAAGUCUCACUGCGCUUCUUAUGUCAACUUUUUGUUUACUCAAUCCAAAAGGUCACGUAUUUUGGAUUUGUUAAGUCCAGCUCUCUUUGUUCACACAAACCCAGAAUUACCAAAUUUGGAGUUUUUUGAGCAAAAAGGAUUGUGGAAAGCCAUCAUCGAGUGCUCUAAUGAUAGCAAAACUAUUGAUCUCAAAGCACUUCAUCAACGAUUGCUUAAUGAGAUCCGUUUAAUUGGUCCACAAUUAGGUGUCAUUCAAACAAAUCUGAUUCGUAAUGAAUUAAAGGUUAUACUAUCAUUUGGAGCCGCUUUGAAUGAAUCGCAACAAAAAUUGGACACAAAAAACAAAUAUUUCGACUCUUGGCGUCAAUUACUUGAGAUACUAAUAAUUACCGGAAGUUUAGAAUCUUGUGAUGAAGAGACAAGAAUCAGAUAUUUAUUAGAAAUAAUUGUUGAACUGAUUAACAGAGCACAGGAUUCAACGACACCAUUAUCACUGUUAUGUCCGAUUUCAUCAUCAGUUUUGAUUAUUUCUUCGGCAAUGUUUGGUAUUAAAUCACAAGUGUUGACCUCAAAUGUGAGCGCUUGUGUGAAAUCCAUUAUAAAUAUAUUGGACUCGUCGUCGCACACCAUUUGGAGCGAUCAGAAGAUAACUCGUAUUAACUUUUAUGCAUCGCUUCUCUAUUUGUUUCGAUCACUUCCUUUCAAUAUAUUUAAUGAAUUUAAAUAUAAUAAUAGACUAUUAGAGCGUCUGUCUAAAGAUAUUCUGUCCGGACAUGAAGUGGCAAAAGUGUUGUCUAUUUCAUUGCUCAAUAGGAGUGAUCUUUCCGUUUGGUUGAAUGAGAUCGCAUCAAAUGGUACUUUAAGGCAACUUUUGGAUACACUUUUGUCUGAUGAUCGCGAAAUCCGAGCCAACAAUUUUGAAUUUAUUAAAGCUUUUUAUGGUUUUGAAGCAAAAAUGAUGCUUUUGCUUCAAAUCUAUUCUUCAACUAACGGAUCCCAUUCAUUGAGUCAUAACUUAGAAAUGAUGUCAACUCUUGAGGCGAUUCAAAGCUUUGAUAUGUAUCCAUAUUUGGUCGGACAAAACACUGUUUGCCAUAAAGUUUUUAUUCAUAUUCUUCGAUUGAUUCUAACAAUGUCUACCACUAAUAAUCAACAAAUCAUUAAUGAAUUGUCAGAGUUUAUAAACAGUAGAACCACAAUAUCUGAUAUCUUACGAAUGGCACCAAACAUGAAGAAUACUAUCGAAGGAAAGGAGACAUUAGUUUUGAUAACCAAAAUGAUAUGUCGUUUGAUUUUGAAUGUCAACAAAAUAACUCAAAUCAGUUUCAUUGGACUUCUGUCUCAUUAUUGUAAUGACUUUUCUACAAYACAUGACUUGGAAAUAAUAUUUAAUAUAUUAUUUGGUUGUAUUCAAUACAGUCGAGCAAAUGCUUUGGUACCAUUAUUUGAACCGAGUCUUUCAAAACAAGAUUCAAAACUCAUUACACGACAACCUUUAGGCCUUUUGGUAUCAGUAAUCAGCAACUGUUGUACCAAAUUAGACGAUAGUUUAAAUGUGUUACCAAUUGUGGAAUCAGCUCUUUAUCUGCUUUGGCAUCACUUGAAUCUAUAUUUUUCGGUUCUUAACAUUCCCGGCGAUAAAUUACAAGAAGUAGAGACAAUGAAAUCUGAAUCUGAAUAUGUCUUGAGUGACGUAUUUUUCUCUAAGAUUCAAGUCUUGUCUCAGAAGAAUACAUUUAUUGAUGCAUUAGUUCGUCGUAUUAAAAGAAUUAUUCAUUUAAAGAAAGAUAAUUGA